AUGCGGCGCGGUAUCGGUGUGGCGCACGUGCAGAAGAAGAAUGAGACGCAGCGGCAGAUGACUGACUUGGGGGCACAAAUCACGGCGGAGCGAGUGGGGCAAAUAGCGGAUCAGUUGGAGGGUUUUGAGGAAACGUUACGUUCCCUUGCGCGUAAGCACAAGGAUGAGAUUAACGCGGAUCCUAUUGUUCGUGCGCGCUUCCGGCAGAUGGCCGACUCUCUUGGCAUUGAUCUUAUUUCCUCAAAGAAGAAUGUGUUUGCGGGUAUUUUGGGCCUGGGGGACUUCUACUAUGGAUUGGCAAGCAAAGUUGUGGAAGCGUGCAUGCGGGAGCGGAAAUUCUGCGGUUCUUAUGUUCCGCUGAAUCGUAUUGUCUAUAUUAUGAAGCGACAGUAUGAGUCCGCAGGGAAGGAUGGUAAGCGCUGUGACAUCACGGAGUCCGAUAUUCGCAUGGCUUUGGAAAAACUACAUGUGUUAGGGGAUGGCUACAACGUGGUGAAACUUGCUGGUGUGAAUUACAUCCAGACCACGCCUGAUGGAACGCGGAGCGCGGAUGACGCGCCGCUGUUAGACACUGUGCUAAAGAAACGUGCAGAACAGAUUUUGAAGUAUCACUCCACUCGAGUAGGGGAUGAACGUCCUUGUGAAAAUGUGGCGCCCAUUUUUGGCCCUUCCAACCGUGUGGGUGCCUCCCGCAUUCUAUUUGCCCCCGCUCGGCAUCAUGACUCAGUGGAGAGUGAGAAGGACGUCGAAACUGGGACGGCAGAUGUCCCUUUUCAUGUUCAAUGUGUUGCGUUUACGCAAGAUGAGCUCGAAGCCCGUCUGAUGUGGCGUCCGCACCGCGUUCAGGCUGUGCUUGAGCGAAUGAUGCAUAACGGGUCAGUAUGGAUUGACCAGCCGUCAAUUUCUCAAGGGGAGGUUGAGGGGGAAAAGUUACGAAAACGAGGAAAGACACUGAAGGAACUCAAGCCGGCGGAACUCGUUUAUUGGUUUAUUGUUUUUUCAGCACCAUUUGAAUCCUCCUUCUGA